CCAAGCGUGCUGUGUAAGACCCAUCUUGGCACAUUUCCACACACAACAUUGCCUUUGUUGACUCUCUCCGAUCUACCAUCCGAGUACCGUUGUCGCCCACCUACAGCAGUCUAUAUCGUCUGGGUUUUGCCUUUGUGUUUUUGCUUUUCGGAUUUAUCUUUUAUCACUGCAACUUGCGAGUGAAACAUGUCUCUUGGGUCGGAAAUCAAGAGUGGAAAGUUUACAAUUUAUGCCCAAUGGGCCGCUAUUUUAUCAGUUAUCUUCCUGAUCGUAUUUAGCAUCACAAAUUUCAUCUCUGUGCUUCCCUUUGCAAUCAUCUCAUGGGUGGAAGCAUUCUUCAUGAUUUGGCUCGAAAUCCCUUUGUUGACGGUUUGUUUGCCAGGCGGUCCAAAGAUUGAGUCUUUUAAACAAUUCUUUGCCAACACUCUGUUCCGAUCGGCUCUUUACGCGGUGUUCGCGGUUCUCAUCUGGCUAUCGAUCCUUAUGCAAGCUACCUCGUUACUUACCGCAGCCAUUACCCUAACACUGACAUGUGUUUUCUAUCUGAUCAGCGUGUUCAAAAAGGAAGAAUUGGAGCGAAGUGGUGUGACAGGUGGUCAAGGUGUUGCUUCGGCAGCAGCCAUGGGGCGAGUGUAGAGGCGCAUGGACAUGCUUUGAAAGACGGGAUACAUGAGAAGAACGUCACGGAAUCCAGUGGAAAGUUACGAUAUCUGCACAUGAAGAGUAGAUAGUGAAUAAUGUGCUAGAUGAAAUCUUACACAAGAGUGCUGUGUGUCGUCACCGCAAGGGAUGUCUGCCUGGAGAGCUUGUACAUUUUGCAAACAACGCAUAGGAUAUAUCUGUAUUAUUAAAUACCCAUCUAUCCAUAUCAAUUGCUGAUCAGUGUAGGUGCCCCGUUUUCGCUCAGCCAGCUUCAUCCCAUUCAAUACCCGACAGCUGGCAACGGCACGACACCACUCCUCCCUGCUUCAUCAAUCCUCAUCAAAACCGUGCUCAAGUUAUUUGGCAUGUGAUCGGCAGCCAUCGAGAUGG